AUGUCUGAAGAGCUACAGGAGGCGCUGGAUGGCUUUUUCUUGGCCGCGGAGUACGGUCGGUCUGACGUUAUUAAGGCACUAGCCGACCACAGUCGUGGGCGUUUGUCAUUAGCCGACGUGGUGGAUCCUGUGACUGGUCGCUCACCUUUGCACGUGGCUGUAGCAAGUGGUAAGAAGGACGCACUUCGAGUUCUUUUAGCUGCUGGCUUUCCCCCGGACCAUCAGAGCAAGAAACAAAAAGAAAAAGACCAAGGAAAUCGAUCAGCAUAUGCAUUGGCUCAAGAUUUGAAGGAUCAGGAUCUCCUUUUGGUGUUCCAUCAAUUUCUGAUCCAACAAGUCGCUGCCAAUAACAUGCAGAGUGUGAACCAGUUGCUGGCGGCUGGAGUGGAUGUGGGUGUUACUGAUGCAGCUACAGGAGGAUCAUUGCUUCAUUGGGCAGUGUCCUGUCAAGCUCUGGAUGUGAUGAAGGGCUUAUUGGAGAAGGAAGAUGUGCAGAGACUGAAGCUGGUAGAUGCACGUAAUGGAGAAGGCGCCACGCCGAUGCACUUGGCAUGUCAUGCAAAUCAAGUGGAGUGUGUAAAUAUGCUACUUGCACACCAUGCAGAUGUGAGUUUGAGAGGUGAUAAAGGGUUGAGUAAGGAUAAAACGGCAUUUGAGCUGGCCUCAAAGCCGGAGGUCGUAGCAUUAUUAUCUCAAUAUUGCAAGGAUGGAAAUGAUAAGGUGGAGGAAUCACAUUUAGAUGGAAAAACUGGAAAUGCAAGAAAUGUGGAGAAGAAUGAAGGGAAGUUGUGCCCGUCACCGGCAACUAUAGGCGAACAAGGAGGGUGGUCUGGAACUUGCAUACAUGAAGUCCAAAAUGGAAAAUUGCUGUUGCAGCUUGAAGAGAAGGAUUUGCUAGUGAAUCAGCUGAAAAAUACCAUCGAAACGCUUGUGCAGGAAUUGCAGGAAAGUCAGAUGCUUGGAGAUGAGCGUGUGUUGCUAAAUUAUGUCCGAAAGCUGCGAAAUGAGAAGACGACCAUCCAGAGACAGCUCGAGGACGGCCAUGAGCACAUAAAAGAUCAACAACAACAGUUGAACAGCUUGAAGGAGCAGAUUCGGCAAAUGUCCAGUUUUGACAAACAGCUUGAGACUGACCACGAUAUUCUCUCUCAUACCAGUGAUGGCACCACGAGCAGUACCGCAGGUUGUCCUCCAGAUACUAUUAACACCGAAAUAGGCGUAUUGGAAUGUUAUCAACGCGAAAAGUACCUCGAUGAAGAGGAUACUGAGCCUGAAACGUUUCAAGGAGAAGCGCUGAAUCUGGAUGCUUGGACGUCAAAGGCGCAACGUGAGCAAGAAACCUUUAAUCGAUAUGUUGAAAAGCAUGGAUCUGAUAUCUGGAGUACUGUAUGGAACGGUAUCUGGACAGGGGCUGGCGAAACGGCGGACGCAGACGACGAGAUCGUUAUGACGGUGUAG